AUGAACUGGUUCAGACAGACAUUGGCCAACACCGUCGGCACCGCGGAACCCGAGUAUGGCCCCGAAGCCCUGCAAUCCGUCACCGCUCAGGCCGAGAAGACGCCCUUCACCGAGGUGACCAAAGCCGAUCUCAAAUGGAAGGCGAUGCAGGCCACCAAUGUAGAGACCCAGGUCUUCUAUCUGAUCUCGAAUGAUGGCAAGGUGGCCUCGGUGCAGAUUAUCUAUAACAACGUCGCUGGUCUGAUGACAACCUGCCAGCUGAAUGUGAAGAUUUUCAACCACCGUGGUGCUUCAGCUGCGGACCACCUGUGGCUCUCCGACCCGUUGGAAAACCAUGGCUUCGACGAGGAAAUGAUCUCCUUCUACGCAGACGGCGUCUCGGUUUCCCUCAACGAAGAAGGCGAUGCCUACAUAAUCAAGUCUGCUCGAAAUGAAUCCGCGUUGAUCGAUCUCGUCGUUAAGCGUGCCACACCGGGCUUCCAGGUCGGCGAAAAUGGCACGACCUACUACGGCACUGACCCCCAGAACCCGUGGGGUGAGAUGAGACACCGUUUCUGGCCUCGAUGCGAUGUUUCGGGCAACAUUAUCACUCCGGAACAAGAAUACAAUUUCGCCGGACGGGGCAUUUUCGUCCAUGCUAUCCAAGGCAUGAAACCGCAUCACGCGGCUGCAAAGUGGAACUUUGUCACUUUCCAGACCCCCACCUACUCCGCGAUCAUGAUGGAAUUCACAACCCCGCCGUCGUACGCCUCGACGACGGUCAAUGUCGGCGGUAUUGUGAAGGAUGGAGAAAUUCUGUUUGCUGGGGCCAAGAACACAGUUAAGUACCCUGAAUCCAAGGAGGAUCCGGAAACGCUUUGGCCCGAGCCCGUGUCCGCUGAGUGGACUUGGGAAGGUGAGAGCAAGGAGGGACAUGUCUCCGCCUCCAUCAAAGGCGAUCUGGGUGAGCGAACAGACCGAGUCGAUGUUCUUGCUCAUAUCCCGGGCCUGAUCAAGUCUCUGGUCGGCGGUGUUGUUGGAACAAAGCCGUUUGUUUAUCAGUUCUCCAGCCCUCCACGGGACUCCCUUGUCCUCUCGCUCAAGAUAGGCGACGCAGACGCCGUGCAGGAACAAGGCACGAUUUUCUCCGAAGCAACCUUUAUCUCGUAG